GCAAGUUUAAUUAGCCUUUUUAUCGCUUUCUAAUUAUGUUCAUUAACGCACUCUUGACUUGCUUCUAUUUUUGCAAGAUGUGCUGUGAUUCAGAGCGCUGCAAUUAUUAUAUAGGCCUAUCUUGAAAUGUAAGAUAUUUUAAACGUUGCCCCUGUACAUCCGAGGAUCUUCUUUAUAUCUAGCGAUCUAGCGAUGAUGUAGAGCCCUGAGUUUACUGCAAAGAAGUUGUAUGGCGGGAGGCAGGCUUUCCGGGCCUCCAGGCAAUUAUUCUGAGCUUGCACCUCGAAUGGUGCUUGCUUUGAAACGGCAAGAUGUUAUGGCGGUAAAAAAUCUACUGGAAGAAGGUUACAGGAAGUUAAUCAAUGCUAAAUUGAAACAUUCUGAUGAUGCUAGACGUUCCAUUGCUGAACCCUGUGUAUAUAAAGAAACAGCACUUUGUGUUGCUAUCAGAGUGGGACAGGAUAAGUUGGAAGAUUUAUUAAAUCCUCUUCUACAUUCUGGAGCAGAUCCCAACAAGAGGUCAGAGGAAAUUACUGCAACAAGACAUUCUGUGGUGUCUCCACUACUUUUGUUGUGCCAAAAAAGUCCUUCACUGAUAUAUAAGCUACUGGAAGCAGGUGCAGAUAUAGAUGCCACUGCCUUGAAGGUCCAGAUACCUGAGGAAGAAGGGGGCAGUAUGCUUUUUAUAUACAGGUCAUGUCUGUACUGGGCCAUAGAUCGAGAUCAAGCCAGCCUGGUCAAGAUGCUUAUCCAGUAUGGGGCAGACACCUCGUUAAUGGACGACCAAGGGAAUCGGCCCAUCCAUCAUUGCUGCUGGGAGUCUGUACAAAUGGACUGCGCGUGGGAAGUGAUUAAAGGAGGCGGUCUCAUUUCUACUAAAGAAAACACGGUUUUGAAUGACAAAAGGGUGUCUAACCAGCCAUCUCUGUUCAGGACUCUACUAUGGCAGCUACAUGUUGAGCCCGAUGCGCAGAUGUUGGUGAAGAUACUGCGGAUGUUGGUAAUUUGGGGGUACGGUGUCCACACUAUAGAGGCCCAUCAAAUUGUAUCUACACUUCACUUAGCGGACAUAACAAUGGUUGAAGACCCUGAAAAUUUCAAGUCAUUUGUUCAGUGGUUUGAAGAAAAGGUAAAAAACCCACACACUCUGAAGCAUUCAUGUUGUUUGAGCAUAAGAACUGCCCUCGGAAGUAAGAAAUUGAGGGACAAAAUCUACUCUCUGCCACUCCCACACCAGCUACAGAUACAUUUGUCAAUGGAGGACUGCAUUUAAGAUUAUUUAACGCGAGCUGAGAGUGCCAAUGCGUUGUCUACACUGGAUAUUAUAGUUGAAAAGAUCUCGAGACACCUUAACAUUUACCAACUUUACUUAUAAGAACGGGAGUUGAUCAUAAAGCACCAUUUUGCAUGUGUUGCAUCGACUGCAAAACGAGCAAGAGUCAGUAUUUUUGGUGUUCUUAUUGUGGAAAAGUCACUCUGGUCAGGUUAAUUGCUAUACUCAGCACUCUGUAUAUGUACACAUACCAGUAUACUGUGUAUAGGAAAAGGUAUGGAAAAGUGAAAUUAGGGAAAAAUUUUAAAGGAACCUCAGUUGAUUUUGAAUGGUAUAUAUGUUUUAUUUAUGCAUGUACCUUCUGUGGUACUUUCAGUCUCUAGGUACUUUUAGAAGGCAUGUUUUAAAAUUUUAUGAUUUCAUCUACUAAAAUAUAUAUCACAUGGUGCUGAGAUGAAUGCAGACUAGACAUGAUUGAGGUGACACCUAGGCAAACAAAAUACAACAGUGACACCUGGUUGACGAAGCAUGCUGGUGACACAUGGUUAAAUGUACACUAAGGCAGCACUUAAUUGAUAUAUAUAUAUAAAGGCAGUAAAAUUGUGUGUCAAAGAAAUAUCGUCAUUUACAGAGUUCUUGAGAUGACAAUUUCCAUUGCUUUAUGAUGACCUACAUUUUGUUAGAAUGCUAUUCUUUCUAAUAUACUCCUGGCAAGCAUAUUUUUAAAUAAAUAAAAAUUAUAAAAAUUGAUUUGCCUCAAAUUGCCUGCCUGUUUAAUAUCUCGUUCUUUGGUCAAAUGUUCAGCCUUUUAGUCUGUCUGCUGUAUGUAACUGCCAAAUCAAUCUUAUGAUAAAUAAGAAUCUAAACACUCUUUAUUGUGUACAUCUUGUCAAUAUAUAUAACGUACAUCCUAUCACUAUUAAACAGUGAUUAUAAUAAAACUCGGAUGGAUCAAGAAACUAUUCACUCAGCCAGGAUCAGCAAGCGCGUGGCCGUGCUCCAGAGAUUGUGUUAGAGGUGACUGGGAUUGCUACUGUAAUCGAAGUUAGGGAAUUUACUAUAAUUCUUUUUCUCAGGGAGCUAUGUUGUUUAAAUUCAAGUCCAUUGCAUAACUGUAUAACUUCUCAAAUGGAGAUUGUAUUUUUUUUAGAGAUUUCAAGAUGUAUUUUGGACCUAUAAUCU